AUGAUACGCUUGCGUAGGGAUGAAGACAAGCAAUGUUGGAGAGCAGCAACAUACGGCAAUAUGCUUUCGAAGGAGGAAGAUUAUAUCGACAAUAAGUAUUACACACUAAAUCUUCAAUUUUUUCGUUUAAUUGGAUUAUGCCAUAAGACGUCAUCUAAGAACGUAAUUCAUAUUUGUUUUAUUAAUUUCAUGCUAGCUUUUGGAAUAUUCGAGCAGAUUCAUGUUCUCAUCGUCUCUGAAAAAAAAUUAAUAUUGAUCACCAAAUUACUGGAAACGACUUUACCUACUUUAUGCUUCGCAUCUUGCUAUUGCAAUCUAUUGUUGAAUUAUAAAGUUAUGAAGAAAAUUCUUUAUCGUAUCAAAUCCGAUUGGGAUGAACUAGCAAACAAACCAGAACUAGUGAUACUGAAGAAAUAUGCUGAAAUUAGUAGACUUUGUACAUUGACAAUCGCAAUCUUUUUUUAUCUUUAUGUUGUAUUUUUGAUAUCUCCAUCAUUGUUAAGUGCAUCACGAUACAUUUUUGGUAUUACAAAUGAAACGGAAUUAAUAUUACCUGUUCCUAUUGAUUAUUUCAUGAAAAACCAAAUGUAUUACUACAUUGGGCUUACAAUCGAAUAUGUAAUUAUAUUAUUCACGAGCAGUGUAGGGAUUGCUAACUAUUCCAUGUUUAUAUUAGUUAUCCAGCAUGCUUGUGCACUUCUUACCAUCGUGCAGUAA